AUGGGCAGAGGCCUCUAUGACACAACUGGAGUUCCCAAACCUCAUCCUCCCGUGCGCGCCGAGAGAGCAAACAAGGUUGUAAUGACGGCCGAGAAAGAGGUUCCCCAGCUAUUGGGUACGACUUGCGAUCACGAAAGAUUGCAGCACCCCAAGGAUCUCGGACGUUUUCGCCAGCCAUACGAAGAAAAGAUGCUCCCACGGCUGAAGCAGCAGCGUCCCACCGACCUACUGGCGGUUAAAAACGCCGACACAUUUCCCAACUUUGAGCAGCCAAAAUAUCAGGCCACGACCGCUGCCACACAAUUGCCUCAGCACUACCACAGCUCCCCCUCACAUGUUGCCACUCAGGUCCGAUCGGACAAUAACCCUUCGGUUUCUUCUAGGACUCGUGAGCAACCGACCCAAUUCCUGGUGCCGGUAGCCUCCCAUGCAAACAGCUCAAAGCAGGCCUCCAAUACACUCGGUGCUGAUCAUUAUUUUCAUGAAAGCACGCCACAAUCAUCCUACCAUGUGUUUCGCCAGCCGCAGAUGACCUCAUCCUCAACACAUUCCAAUCAGCAGCAGUAUCCCACAGGUAUUUCUCUUGCUCCAUCGCAACCGGGUGGAUUGAGACGUUCAAAAGAUGUUCCUCCGACGACUAUGCCACAGGAAGCAACAGAGUUUGCGGAAAGAUUAUCGCGUAUAGGCGUCAAUGUCAAUCAGAAAUCUACGUCACUGGAGGCGAGAGAAAAACGGCUAAAAAAUAGCGUUGCCUCUAAAAGGUUUCGCGAGCGGAAGAAGACUCGGGUAGAUGAGCUAGAAAAGAGGGUAGAGAUAUUGACAGAAGAGCGUGAUCAUUAUCGGGGUUUAUAUUAUCAGUUGAAGGAGAGCAGAGACAUCAAACACUCGAUCAGCCUCCCUUCACUCACGCUGGCCAUGUCUUGA